UUAGGGACGUACCUGUUCAGGAAGUCAGUCGCAGUCAGCGCGUUUUGGUUGUGUACAUGCGUAACCAGUCGUCCAACGGCACUUACAUUCAUGCGGAAAUAAACAAAGCUUUCAUUGUAGCAGCUUGAGAGGGCCACCAUGGAGAAAGAAACCCCAACUAAAAAGGCUUCAGCGCCUUCUGUGUCUCAGAUUAAUGCAGAAUAUGUCACACAGUUGGCUAAUAAAUAUUGGGCUCCGCAUGCAAAGAAUAAACUUCCCUUUGACGCCAAGGUGAUGGAAGAUGUUUAUGAAACAGAGAUUCUCAAGUCCAAAUUUGCCAUCAGAAAAAUCAUGCUGCUUGAGUUCAGCCAGUAUCUUGAGAACUAUCUGUGGGUGAACUACACUCCCAAGGUGUCCAGCAAUGCCUACCUCAUGUCCAUCUGUUGCAUCGUCAACGAGAAAUUCAGAGAGAAUGUCCCCGCUUGGGAGGUGUUCAAGAGGGAGACCAGCCAUUUCCCGUUCUUCUUUAAAUGUAUGAUGGAAGCUGUGUUGGCAGGGGAGGAGGCUGGCCUCACACUGAAGGAGCAAACGGUGCUGCUGGUCUUCUUGGACCACUGUUUCAACAGUCUGGAAGUAGAUUUGAUCAGAGAGCAGGUGCAGCAGCUGAUCUCUCUACCUAUGUGGAUGUGCCUCCUUCCAUCCAGACUCCAGCACGAGCUUAAGAAAGUUCCAAAGCUGCAGAAGUUCUGGAAUCUAAUCAAGAAGAAAUCUGAAAAGAUGGAUACCGAUGCAGCUGAGCAGGCAAAGAAAGAGAGGGCCUUCCUCUCAGCUCUCAUUAAAAAGUUUCUUGGAGUUCUCGUGUCAAUUCCGCCGUCAGGGCCCGUAUGCAUGGACAAAGUACAUUACUGCGAGAGAUUCAUCGAGCUCAUGAUUGAUUUGGAGGCCCUGCUGCCCACCAGGCGUUGGUUCAAUACCGUGUUGGAUGACUCUCACUUGGUGGUCAGCUGCCACCUGUCCAGCCUCACCCAUAGAGAGAAGGAGGGGCACCUCUUCUGCCAGCUGCUGGACAUGCUGAAGUUCUACACAGGCUUUGAGAUCAAUGACCAGACAGGAAACGCCCUGACGGGGAAAGAGAUGACCACUCUGCACUAUGACAGAAUCCUCUCCUUACAGAGGGCAGCUUUCGCUCACUUUCCAGAGCUGGAGGACUUUUCUCUGUCCAACGUAGCAGCAGUAGACACUCGGGAGUCCUUGACCAAACACUUUGGGCAUCUCAGUCCCAACACGCUCCACCAGGUGGCCUCGUAUCUGUGUCUGCUGCCAGAGCUGCCUGAAGGACAAGACACCACCAAAGACAAGGAGGUUCUCCUUGAGCUGCUGGUGUCCCGUCAUGAGCGCAGAAUCUCUCAGAUUGAGCAACUCAACCAGAUGCCUCUUUAUCCAACAGAGAAGAUAAUCUGGGAUGAGAACAUUGUCCCAACGGAGUACUACUCAGGCGAAGGCUGUCUAGCACUACCUAAGCUGAAUCUCCAGUUCCUGACCCUCCAUGACUACCUGUUGAGGAACUUCAACCUGUUUCGUCUUGAGUCCACCUAUGAGAUCAGGCAGGACAUUGAGGAUGUGGUGUGGCGCAUGAAACCAUGGCAAUCGGAGUACGGUGGAGCGGUGUUCGGGGGCUGGGCCAGGAUGGCUCAGAUGAUCACCUCUUUCUCCAUAGUAGAGGUUGCCAAGCCCAAUAUUGGAGAGAGCUGGCCUUCCCGUGUGCGAGCUGACGUCACUGUUAACCUUAAUGUGCAAGAUCAUAUCAAGCACGAGUGGGAAGGGCUGCGGAAGCAUGACGUUUGCUUUCUGAUCACGGUGCGGCCCAACCUGCCCUACGGCACACGCUUCGACCGGCGCCAGCCCUUUGUGGAGCAGACUGGUCUGGCGUACGUGAGAGGCUGCGAGGUGCAGGGCAUGCUGGAUGACAAGGGGCGCGUCAUUGAAGAAGGACCUGACCCAAAGCCUAAGCUGAGAGGAGAUGCCAGAACAUUCCGUGUGUGGCUGGACCCGAACCAGUACCAACAGGACAUGACCAGCAGCAUUCAGAGUGCCACUGAAGACCCAUACGAGACUUUCAACAUCAUCAUGAGACGCAAACCCAAGGAGAACAAUUUCAAGGCCGUCUUGGAGACCAUCAGAAACCUGAUGAACACAGAGUGCGUUGUCCCAGACUGGCUUCACGACAUCAUCCUUGGCUACGGUGACCCAGGCAGUGCCCACUACUCCAAGAUGCCGAAUCAGAUUUCCACAUUGGACUUCAAUGACACCUUUCUGUCCCUGGACCACUUGCGUUCGUGUUUCCCUGGUUACACCAUACAGGUCACGGAGGAGAACCCUGAACUACAAGUCUUCCCUUUCAGAAUCAAGUUUCCCAUCUCAAACAAAGCAGACAAAGGGAAGAAGAGAAAGGGGGAUGAUGAAGUGGAAAACAAAGAGGAAGACAUGUCCUUGAUCGUUGAGCCCUUUGUUACCCCCAACCGUGGCCCAUAUCCCUACAACCAGCCUAAACGGAAUACAAUCCAGUUCACUCCGACUCAGAUUGAAGCCAUUCGAGCCGGGAUGCAGCCAGGACUCACGAUGGUUGUUGGACCACCAGGUACCGGCAAGACGGAUGUUGCUGUUCAGAUCAUCUCAAAUCUCUAUCACAACUUUCCUGAGCAGAGGACCCUCAUAGUCACGCAUUCAAACCAGGCUUUGAACCAGCUGUUUGAAAAGAUCAUGGCUCUAGACAUCGACGAGCGCCACCUCUUGCGUCUGGGCCACGGAGAAGAGGAGCUGGAGACUGAGAAGGACUUCAGCAGGUAUGGCCGAGUAAACUAUGUUCUCGCAAGAAGACUUGAGCUCCUCAGAGAAGUGGGGAGGUUACAGGAGAGCUUGGAUGUCCCGGGCGAUGUUUCUUACACCUGUGAGACUGCUGGACACUUCUACCUCUACCAGGUGAUAUCUCGCUGGGAAGAGUACAUGAGCAGAGUCCGGCCUAAACAGGGCAAGACGGUGGAGGUGCAAGCUGUGGCUGCACACUUCCCCUUCCACAAGUACUUCUCCAACGCUCCCCAACCUGUGUUCAAGGGCCGCUCAUAUGAAGAGGACAUGGACAUAGCAGAGGGCUGCUAUCGCCACAUCAAGAAGAUUUUCACCCAGCUGGAGGAGUUCAGGGCCUUUGAGCUGCUCAGAAGUGGACUGGACCGCUCCAAGUAUCUGCUCGUGAAGGAAGCCAAAAUCAUUGCCAUGACCUGUACACAUGCUGCACUCAAACGUCACGACCUGGUGGAGCUGGGAUUUAAGUACGACAACAUCCUGAUGGAAGAAUCGGCUCAGAUUCUGGAGAUCGAGACCUUCAUCCCCCUCCUGUUACAGAACCCAGAGGAUGGCUACAGCAGGCUGAAACGUUGGAUCAUGAUUGGAGACCACCACCAGUUGCCCCCUGUUAUCAAGAACAUGGCCUUCCAGAAGUACUCCAACAUGGAGCAGUCGCUCUUCACCCGAUUUGUGCGCCUUGGAGUGCCCACUAUAGAUCUGGACGCACAGGGCCGUGCUCGUGCAAGCUUAUGUAACCUGUACAACUGGCGCUACAAACACCUGGGGAACCUGCCUCAUGUGCAGCUACUGCCUGAGUUCCAGGUGCCCAACCCUGGCCUGACCAUGGACUUCCAGCUAAUUAACGUGGAGGACUUCAAUGGGGUGGGAGAAUCCGAGCCCAACCCUUACUUCUACCAGAACCUGGCGGAGGCGGAGUAUUCUGUGGCUUUGUACAUGUACAUGCGUCUGCUGGGCUACCCUGCUGACCGCAUUAGCAUCCUCACCACCUACAAUGGACAAAAGCACCUGAUCAGAGACGUCAUCAACCAGCGCUGUGCUGGUAAUCCCUUCUUCAGUCAGCCUAACAAGGUGACCACAGUGGAUAGGUUCCAGGGUCAGCAGAAUGACUACAUCAUCCUCUCCCUGGUCCGCACUAAAGCCGUGGGACACCUGAGGGAUGUGAGGCGUCUGGUGGUAGCCAUGUCAAGAGCCAGACUGGGUCUGUAUGUCUUUGGACGGGUGGCGUUGUUCCAAAACUGCUUUGAGCUGACUCCUGUCUUCAGCCAGCUCACUGCCAGACCCAUGCAGCUGCACAUCCGGCCACACGAGUACUACAGCCAGGAGCAGCCCAGAGAUGCGUCUGGACAGGCAGACCAAAUAAUCAAGAACAUGCCGGAGAUGACCAACCUGGUGUAUAAUAUGUACAUGCAUAUGAUCCAGACCUCCCAGAAGAACAGACAGCUGGCCCUCUUGAGAAUUGAGUUGCCUGUGGUCCCUUGUUGUAAAGUAGAGCUAACCGGUGGGAAGUGGCUACUGCUCGCACACAACAACUCUGGAAGGAUCUGGAAGACUGGAAGGAAUAGCUGCAGGCAAAAAAGGAGAUCAGGAGCUCGCAUCCUCCAGAAUCUUUCUCUGCUGAAGACAAGGAUGGCCGGUUGCGGUUCAUGUUUCUGGGGCAUCUUCUGGCUUGUGGUUCUGAUCUGCAUAGGCUGGCCUCUCAGCAUCACCUUAGGGGCUCUCUACGGCCUCGUCAGCCCCCUCACCACCUGCCUCGGCCUGGACCGGAUCUCCGACUUACUCCUGGAGGGGGCCAACCUGGGCCGAACCUGUGCCAAUAACAUGAGGCAUGGCAAGCCUUUGUGUUGAGAACCACCCUGGGUGAUCGGGACCAGACAGCAGGACCAGAGAUCGGAGGCGAGAUUUAUGCUUCUCUAGAGAGAAAAGUAUUUGCCUUGAGAACAGUUAAUGUCUGUUUUAUGUUGAGAUGUCCUGAGAUGAUUGGCACUCAAUGAAGUGAGAAACUUUUUUAGCAAGUUAUGUAACAAAAAAAGGUCCGUACGGUUUGUAAGAAUGGAUUCCGCUUGUUCUGUUAACACGUAAUUAACUACGGAUUUCAAAUUUGUAUGGUCUUGUCAGGAAGAAAAUAGGCUUUGUGUUCAUGGUCUGUGUUUGCAGUUUAAUUCACGAUGACACUGCAUGGAGAAGAUAAGAAUGAAAAUAGCAAUUUAACAAUGGAAAUACUUAGACUUGUAAAUGACUGUAUGGAAACUUUUAAUGCGAUUAAAACUGCUUUGAACUUGCCCUCUGUGUUUGUCGACUUGACUUAUUGUAUACAGUAUUUGGUGGUAAAUCCAUGUUUUGAAAUGUGAAGGUAAAUAGAGAAACACAGAAAGCCGAAGAUAUAACGGAUGCAAUUCUAGUUUGCUUCAAUGAUUUUGUUUACCUGCUUUUUCUCCUGUUUAGCGUCACAGGGGGUUGGAGCUUAUCCCAGCACGAGUUGAAUGGAAGUCAGGGAGAGAAUUUUAAGACAAUUUGCAAAGUCAUCUCAAGCCCAACACAGACAGAGUCACUCACACGAAAACAUCAACAACUUAUGGCAGUAUUUUUUAUUUAUUUUUUUGCUCCUUGGGGACAGCAGAACAAGAUGUAAACACAACGUUGAUAUAUAAUAAACAUAUUAAGUUGUCGAAGUGGCA